CCCUCUUCCUUCUGUUAAGCAAUACCUAUAAAUACUUAACGUUUCCCACAUCCUGUACAAGUCAGCGUCAUCGGACAACAUUUUGAUCUCCGCGCGCCUGCGGUUCAGAGCGCUCACAGAAUCUGAAGAAAGCCGGCCAUUAAAAAAAAAAGUUUGCGAGUAACAAAAUAGACAGCAUCAUGGGGCGGACAGGUGACACAGUCGCGACCCUUCCCGUGGGUCCGCGCGUGCAGGGCAUGUCGGGAGUGGUGCUGGGUAGCCUGGUGUUGGCUGCCCACAACUUCAGUCUGGACCUGACUGUAGCGGCGCCGAACAGCCUCGUCACCGGGACUGUACUGGUCAUCACGGGCCUGCUGCAGUUUUCAGCAGGUGCCCGUCUGCUCCAUCUCCGCUGCCCAACCCUGACCACCCUGUACCUGUGCCUGUCGGUGCUCUGGGGCUCCCUGGGGUCCGCCAAAAUCCUGGAGGGGUUGGACAUCAUCUCCUCUGAUGCCCGCAAAGACGCCUUGUUCCCAGGCUAUGUUGUUUUCCUCUUCAUAACCCUCUCUCUUGGAAUAGCGGGUGUGAAGCAGCACACGUUGACUGGUUUGGUGUCUUUUCUGAUCAGUUUUUCCAUGGUAAUGGAGAUAGUUGCACUGUUUUAUCCUGCCGCCAGGUGGGGUGCAGCGUGCUACCAGACAUUACCUGUGCUGCUCGGUCUGUACUACGUGGUCGGCUUGUCUGUGUCUUUCCGCAAAGGAAGCGACUUUAGCUUUCCUGGUUUGAGCGAGGAACGCCGUAAAGAUGGCGGCGAGGAACAAAUCGUCCAAAACGACGCCUUAAUCUUUGGCUACGCCAUGAAUAUGCUGCCUACCUGCGCUGUGGGGUUAUUCUUUAUUGGCGCCAUUAAUGACGUUCAUCCGGCAACACCAUGGAUGGCGCUAGCGGGCCUUGCCCAGCUACUGGUUUCUGUUGUGUCCUUCAGACGAGAGGACGUGUUCCACGGGGCCGUCUUCUCCCUGUCUGCCACUCUUUGGCUUGGUCUGACCUAUGGCUUUGCUAGCAAGUUUUGGGACAAGACUGAGAUGGCGCCUCCUAUCCUUGCAUCGUCCGUUAUUGUCCUACUAUUCUUCAUCUUCUUCCUUCUGUCCUUCACCAAGACCAUUGCCGAAGUGGUCUACAAUCUCUGUUUUGCCAUUUUUGUUCUUUCUCUUCCCACUACCGGUUUGAACAGUAACUUCGUUGGGGUAUCCAGUAUUUUGAUGCUAACUAUUUCCCUUUACUGCACCUUUGCUCUAUCGCUGAACUCUGCUUUUAGAAAGGCUAUAGUCCCAGUCGGAAGGAGUCUCCUACCCGAGAAGUCAUUGCGGGAGCUGUUCUCUCGCUGCCGAUGUAAUGAUGGCGACACACCGUCCUCCUCAGCCCUGACAUCGUCUCAUGACACUAUUCUCGGCUACUCCAAGUACGCCAACGCCGACACGCUGGGGUUCCUGUCCAAUGCCGUGACAGCUCUGGCUGUGGCGCUGUUGUCUACCGGGGACAAGUCUCUGGUCCUACCCUGGGUGAUCGUGCCGGCAGGAGUCAUCCAGUUCGUGGCGGGAACCAUCAGCUUCUCCCGAGGGAAGACGUUCGAGAGCACGGCGUUCAUGGUGUACAGCAUGAUGUGGCUGUUGUGGGGGUCUGUCAGGUACUCUGGUGUCUAUAGAGGCAGUGAAGGGCUCGGUGUGGCGGCAGGAGCCGCAUCUUUUCUUCUCUUUAACCUGUUUGUCAUCUUCUUGUCUGUGGUGAUCAACAAGGCGUGGUUGGUCCUGUCCGUGGUGUUUGAGGUGGUUUGUGUGCUGUUCCUGUUAGACGCGCUAGGCGUCCAGACUAGUCAAUAUUUUGAGCUGGUAGUGAUGUGUGUGUUUGGCGCGGUGUGCGUGUACUGUUUCUGUGUGCACCUACUGAACGGCAUGUGUGGGGAGGAGGUGAUGUCCCUGGGGAGCCCGCUCCUGAGCCUGGGGAGGGGGCACCGCGGCAGGGGUGGGGAACAGGGGUGUGUCAUGGCGGACGCCAGGAAGGCAAAUGGUGUCAAACAAAUCUCAGAACUGAUGAAAGGCGGCGGGAUCUGCGGCAUGCCUACAGACACCGUGUACGUGCUGGUGGCGGCCUGUAACCGUCCUGCCGCCGUGGAGAGGGCCUACCGCACCAAGAAACAAGCGGAGGAGAGACCCAUGUCCAUAUGGAUCUCACAGUUGAGUCAGCUGGAGCCAGCCAGGGAGGAGUUCGGGCCGCUCCUGUGGGACUUCAUGAAGGAGGUGUGGCCGUCCUCCAUCAGCCUCGUUAUCAAGAGAGGUCCGUGGCUGGACAGGUUUGGCCUGGGAGACUCCGCCCGCUUCAUCGGCACCCCUGAGAGCAUCGCCAUCCGCAUCCCGGACUGCACGGUCGCCACCCACCUGAUCGACCUGGUGGGACCCAUCGCCGUGACCUCCGCUAACCCGUCCGGGGAGGCGGACACCACACACCACUCACAGGUGCUGGCCAAGCUCGGAGACAACGUUGAUGGAGUACUGUGUGAUGGGCCAUCUCCGGAGAACGUCGCUUCAACGGUCGUGAACUGCACGAAGAUUGACGAAGGCAACCUCGGCUUUUUCCGCGUCGGCAUCGUGCCCAAGUCGAGAGUCCUCGACAUCUUCGACACUGUACGACAGCGCCAUGGCAACAACAACACAGCGACCAAUCUGCAAAAUGGUGAUGCACGAAAGCCAAACGGCAUGGCAAAUGGAAGACUCCAUAGCGACGGAACCCGUGACGUCGCCACGGGCAUCACCAACACAGGCUUUCAGAGCGACGAUGAUCAAUUCGCAAACGUCCCGCCAGAGGUCGGGGUUAUACCGAUUCAGGACCAAAGUUCAGGAUUAUCUAUAGAAAAUCUGCAGAGUUUUGACACUAAACUUUGAGGUCAAAUCACAGAAUCCUGGCCACAAUCCUCAUUUUUGUGUGAAUGAUAUCAAUGUCAGUUAAAUUAUGCUAAGAAUUUUCUCUAAAUUGUCUGAGUUAUAAGAAUCUAUCUUUUUGCUUCAGUAACAAUGUUUACAGCUUGUUUCUGCGAGUAGCUCAGUCUUCAAUUGUAUUAUUGUAAAUUGGACGUACAUGUAGUUACUAUACUAGCAUAUAUAGCAGAUGUUGAAAUUAGAAUAAUAGUCUCUCAAUUGCAACGAAAUUGGAAGUUCAUUUGAUUCCUAAAACACCUUUGAAAUGAAAGGAUAGCACUUGGCAUUUGCUCCAGUAAGGGACGCAGUGAAUAAUGUAACAUAUAGCUGAACCGUAUCAAUGCAAAUGACCGCUUCAAGUAAAGAAAUUAAUUAAUGUUUAUGUAACUGUUGCUGUCUGAGAUAAGGCUCUUCCUUUUGGAUUUUAUUUACGCCAAAAUAUUGUGUGCUGUUCAGAACAACAGUCAUAGUCUUUGUGGUAUUCAUUAGAAUAUAAUGAAAUACCUCAUUGAUGGACUUAA